UCUGUCGUUUCGUCUCGAAUCUGCCGAGGACCAUAAGAGCAAAAGUGUAGUACUCCCUACAAAUCGAUACGGAGAGAGAGAGACCAGCUAUGGCGAAUCGGGUGGAGGUGUCGGAUCGUAUCGGUAUAUUGCUACCGAUUGCCCCAACCCUGUAGCCCAUUGAGAAGACGGGAGACUAGUUUAGAGCAAAUUCUCUUCGUCUCAAAAUGUGAAACUAUGUAUGAGUUGUAGAAUACAUCUUCUCGAGCACCCCCUAAAGCAUGGUAGCAUCAAUAGUCGUGCCAGAAUUCCUCUAUCAUGAUGGCUAGCUAAAAACAUCACAAGAGGACAGGGAGUUUUUCCUAACUGUUACUAGGUCAAAUAGGAAAGAAUCGAGUUUAAAAUCCAAAAACAAGAAAAUGGUAGUCUCAGCUACGGGUUCAACCUCCUCCGCGGGUGCAUCGUUGUCAUCCCCCACAGACCUUCGGGAAGUCUUUCUUAGUGCCAGCGGGAGCAUGCAGAACUAUCUAGGUGGAUUGGCCGCACAAGGAGCGGCUGCACAGGUUCAGCAUGGUCACCAACUUCAACAACAAGAGGGACAUGAUUUUAGGAGUCGUGGAGGAUUAGCAGGUCAGGAACAUCAGGAGCACCAGCAUCACACCGCCGGACUAUCAAAUCCUCAUUUAACCGACCACCUAGAUCGUGGCCCACCUCCUCCGCCAUGGUCGUUAGACAGCUUGUUGUGGACAGCACGUGCUCCUAGUAGUCUGUUGGAGAGUGCUACUUCAAGCAAAGCGCCAUCCUUCGAUUUUGAUAGCGGUGCCAAAGCAUUGUCAACCGGCAUCGUGCUGUUGUUUUGCUUUCUGCUCGGCGUCUUCGUGCUCACUGGAUCGGAUCAACGUAUCGGUGUCCGGCGUAACCUCUGGUUCUUGGUGCACUAUGGCAUUUCCGUGUUUUUGGCAUUGCGAUGUUACUUACGGCUUCCGGGAAUCUCCCAUUUUGAAAAGCUUCUUGGGGCACUCUCUAAGGGAAAAAGAGACCCUCUCUCAAGAUGUUGACUCUCUCUCAAGAUGGAUUCCCGGAAGGUCUUCUAAGUUACGACUUGCUAGUGCGUGGCUUCAUGUCGAUGACGGGGUUGUUGACGGACAUGUCAGCGAUAGACGAGGCAGAAAGUGUUGUUAAGGGUUGGAAGUUGACAUCUCUAUGCGCAUCUCCAUGGUUUCUUCAAGUAAGUAGGUAAUCCAUGGAUAUGCGAGCUAGAGACGCCAACUUUCUUCAACCCCUAAUGUUUGGUCGAAAGCGCCGAUUGUGGUGUUGCUGAACUUCAUAGUGCAGCUGUUAUGGCUCUGGAUGACUAGAAGUCUCUUGGAAGUAAGUAGACUCUCUUGGCGGGAUAAAACUAGAUGAACAGCGCCACCAGCACCACGACCCCUUGUUCCUCUCUCCCUUUUCUAACUGUUGUCCUCAUGUGCACACUCCAGGGUCUUCUUCCUUGGGCUGGGAACGUCUUCCGCGCGCUCACUGCAGCGGAUAAGACGGCUUGGGCGAAGAAGAGAAAACACAUAGCCAUCGAAUUCUGGAAGCUGUUGCUGACACAUGCGAAUAUCUUCGCGGCAAUCCACACCUACUACGCAUUCCAGUACGUCUUCUGGAAAAAGAAGGACUACGUGCCAUCCAUGGUAGUCGUGUUGAUCUCGAUCCUGUACGCACUGCUAGUUUUCACAGUGGAAAGGCUCUUCUGGGGGUGGACGAACCUACCAAAUCGAGGCAAACACCAUAUCGACACCGAGCCACCAGGAUGGUUCAAGACCAUCCAAUUGUGUACAUUAUGCGUUGAAGUACGUCACCUAAUAAAACUUCUGGUCAAAUAGAUAUGAAUCCAUCGAAUAUGUAGUUGUAGCCAAUGUGUCAACUACAUUUGCGUGAGUACUUAGCUGCAGUGGUUGGUAUCUUCAUUUUCUCUCUACCCGAGGAUUCAUGAUUAUACGCUGCUUCUAUAGUACAACGUAGUAAGUACUAGUACUUCUAACCCGCAACGAGAUCCACGGUGUCGGUACCGCUUUUCUGGUAGUGCAGCUGCUACAAUACCAAGUCGUCGGCGCCUUACCAGACUAUCAUGGUGAGCAAGCUCCAAGAGGCUACGAUAAAGCCAAGGUGACCAAAGAUCCUUCACACCUCGAUGGGUGGCUCUACUUCCGACCAACGUCGGGCAUAGGCGGUGAGAUUUUCAUAGUAUCAUUAAGGAAAGGUAUCAUUAACAUUAAGCGCGCAUCCUCACCAUUUUGAUCCCGCGCAUCCGCAUCCUCACCUUUUUCAAGGAGAAAAACUAAAUGGUUAACUAAAGAACUAAAGAGGUGGACAAGGCAAAGAAAAUAAAGCACUUGCUAAAUAAGCACUGAGCUCAAACUAAAAAAGGUUAACUAACGCUGUUGGCCAAAGAACUAAAUCAAUGGUUAAGAACUAACGCUUGGCAGAAAAUGAAUGGACCAAAGAACUAAGUAAAUCAAUGGUUAAGAACUAACGCUUCUCAGUCUCUGUUUCGUGAAGAAGGAAGAUGCGACGCAGUAUCUAGAAAAUGAAUGGACCAAAAAACUAAAUCAAUGGUUAACUAGAGCUCAAACUAAAAAAGGUUACUUAACUAACGCUUGGCAGUCUCUGUCUCCUUGUAUCUCAAUCUCUAAUGUCACUCGUCUUCCUACUCUACGUUCCGGUGAUGAUCCCCUUGAUGCGGUUCAGCUGUCAAUGCCAGUUGUCCGACACCAAGAUUCCUCAGGCUUACCUACGACGCCUCUGUGGCUUCGCCAACCUUUUCCUCGGCAUGAUCUUCGCCUGGCUCUUGCUACUCUGCUGCAGGUGGACCGCAGCCUGUCUUUUUCCAGUCCGCGACCCCAUAAUGUUCAAGUUGGUCACUUUGGUGUUUUCCUUCCCUUUAUGAUUCUAUUUAUUUCUUCAAGCGCUAGUUACCUCGACCUCAUGCCGAUUAGCGUCAUGCUGAGUGCUGGGUCAUCACUCGUCCCCUCGAAGAUAGAUUGAAGAACAAACCUAGCAGGGCGGGGUAACUCAAACUCACGGAUGAUCCACUCAACGACCACUAUGUAUAGAUAGUGAAGAACUAACUGCAACCUUUAAUCCUUGUAGGGUUUGCGCUCAUCAACGGCCUGACCUUCGCGCAAGAGCGGAUGUUUGAGGGUAAAUACAAGCAUGACGAAGCCUUCCACAUGGCUCGAGCUCAGAUUAACGAGUGCACUGGUAUUGCUAUCGGGACAGCUGUGGAGCACUUGUUCGCUUUUGCGUUUAAAUUAUGGCAAUAAAAAGAAUGAAUUUGAAUUUAUCUACUUUAAUAUUCAGAAUCAUAUCAACAAUGAAUGUUCUUUUUCUUCCUAGUUAGCUUGGCUCCACCUGUAAUAAUAUCAAUGAAUGUCUUAGUCUUUACCUUUGUUCUUUCAGCCAUAAUUUUCAUUCGACGUGGCCACAUUUGAAAUUCAAAUCAAUUAUCACCUCUAACCGAAGCGAUCCGACAAGACGUAGAGGAGCUUGGAAGUGGAGUCUCUUUCACCGGGUCUGCUCCAUCUAAGAUCGCCAGGUCGUGGAUUGCCAAUAUCAUGGACAUCAUUCUGAUCCUAAUAACGCUCCCAGUGUGGCGCAUGGCUUUAAGGGGUGGAAGUUGCACUCUCGAUAUCAUCUGAGAGCAUUUCGAUCUCUUCUUCAAGUGGGAAAGCCAUAGAUGUUCUGCUCUUCUAAUAAAUAUCUUGUUUUUUGAAAAGAUAUCUAAACUAUGAACUCUUCUUCUUCACGCUGGUUGUUCGACGUUUUUGUUCUUCUACCUCAACCACUCUCUAUCUAUGCGCAUCUCUACUAUGGCUUCUUCAAGUGGGAAAGCCAUAGAUGUGCGAGCGAGAGAGGUCACCACUCAUCCCCUAAUGGCGGUGAUUCCCAUCUUUCUAGAAAUAGACGCCGAACAUGAGGAGUAUUUGCAUGAGAAGGAGGAAGAGGAGAAGGAAGAAAAAGCUGGUUUGCUGAAUGCUGGUGGUAUUAUGGCUUUCACUUCUUGUUCUAAAUCAUCUUUGACUUCUGCGUCCUUGAGUAGAAGUAUGAGGGAGUACGAGUAUCACAGGGAAUAUAUAUUCUCGCCCCAUAUUUAUUUUCAGAGACGAUGCAGCUGAGCCUGAGUAGAGAUGUUGAAUUCCGUAACCUAGUACCUCUAAUAGUAGUAAUGAAGCACAAGCAGGAGCACAAGAAACUACACAGCAACGUCUGGAUCCCUCGACAGUACCAGACGCUAGGAUGCUUAGUGAACGACAGAGCGAAACACCAAUGGAAGCUGGGACUACCCCAAUACACUUAAGGCUCCGAGCGCGAGCUCCCACAUAAUGUGCAUUCUCCACUAGCAUCCACCUCCACUAGCAUAACCAUCCUUGUUGACUUUUGGUUUUUAGACCAGUGCGAUAGAAAUGAGGUCGUCGCCAAGGUGGAUGUGGAUCGUCUGACGAUGAAGAAUGCAAUUCUUGCGAAAGUGAAACCACCUCAUCUAAUACACGAUGAACAUCUUCAAGCUGCUCCUGGGGAACAUCCACAUCCAAAGGAUAGAGAAUUUCUAACAGUUCCCCAUCAGGACUCAACGGAUGACGAUCCUUUUGAUAGAUUUGCUAGCACAGCCAGUUCCCACUCCAUUAAGGGUUAUCAAAAAAUUGUAUCCACCUUCGCUACGAAUUUUCUUGCCAAUAGGAAAUAAUAAGUGGAAGUCAAUUAUGGUGAGAUCUUCUGGCGAAGGUAAAAAUUGCGCAACCUGCUCUAACUCCAGGGCGCUUCACAGGUCCUUCAUGUCGCGCAAAGGAUCCGCUCUAGAAGCCGAAAUAGCAGCACAAAGUCCACGUCUGUCUGCAGGUGGAGACAACGGCAGUCCUACUAGUCAAGCUACGGAGCGUCCUCUGCUUUUGGAGGAACAGAUCGAGAACAAGGCUUGGAACGAGGAAUGGCACUACUAUGCCAUAUACGGUCUUGUCAUGUUAUGGCUCCUGUAGGAAGGAUAUAUAGGUUGCUCUUCUUUAGAGAAUGUACAAGCUGGCGUAGGAAGGAUAUAUCUUGCACUGGUGAAGGUACACCCAUCAUCCUCGGAGUCGCGUCACGUCCCGGGCGGACUCGUUGUGCAGGAUUUUGAACCUAACCUAACCGAAGGCACAAGCUGGCUGAAAAGACCUCAAUACCAUUUGGACCCUGUAAUGAAAAAAAUCCGCUACAAAACCAUACAUCCCUGUCCAUCUUCUUGUUCUUCAUAACAUCCAUCUUCUUGUACUUCAUACUAGCAUGAUUCAUAUUAACAUUCAUAUUCAUAGUUAUACAUAGAACCAAUUUACCAUAUUGAUCUACUUAUAUUAUAGAACCAAAAUAAAUCUUCCAUAUAGAAGGAAGAAGCAAAUAGAACCACCAAUCUACGCGGCCCUAAAACAGCAUCUCCUGAUGGAGAGGGACUCCCCCAAUGAAAAAAAUCCAAAAAUCCUCUAAUCCAUACGUCCCUGUCCAUCUUCUUGUACUUCAGUUAUUGCGCUAUCGACCCUGGUGCAAAUAGCAUCCGGACAAGGAUGGUAAAUCUUUCCAACAUUACGGCUUACUCAAACUCAUAUCUCCCUGUCUGGCGAACCCCUUCAAUAAUAAUAAUAAUAAUGAUAUCUUCUUGAGGGGAAGCAUCUUGGUUGCGGGUAGGGUUUUGUAACGGAAAACGACGGACUACCAAGAUGGAUGCUGUUAACAGAAAACGACUACCAAGAUGCUCUUCUUGAUGAAUAAAAUAUGCAUCGGUAAGGUCUAACGACGGCAACCAACAAGGACAGCAGCAACCGGCCGCAACCUUCUUAGAGAAGGUUUGGGAAAAGCUUCCAUCGUUGGAGAAUAUGAAUCCGACUUCGUGGUUAGACUUUGGAGAUAUAGGUUUUGGAGUCGGAGGACGGGAAGGAUUUAGUAGUAGUGGAGGAUUUAGUAGCAGUACAACUUCUUCUGAGCAACAGAUGACAAGGGGGCAUAGUUUGAGGUCGGAACCACGUGGGCACCACCAGCACUAUGGCGGUCAUCAUGGAAGGAGAUGAUACAAUCUAUAUCAGCACUUAAUAAAUCAAAUGUAUUUCCAAGAAGAUAGUACUUAAAAAAUUUUCGAUUUUAAUACAUAUGAAUGAAGGUAAAGGUAUAGAUUAUACAUAGAAUGAUAGUGAAAAUGAUAAUUUUUGUUUUUUGCGCGUUUCCUAAAUGAGUAUUGUCCUGUGCAUGUGGAUAGACCAUUUCUGCAUAGGCUACCUGAACAGAGACCUUCACAUGAGGACUAUGAUUUAGGACUAGUGAUGUGGAAAGCUCAUACUACACAGAUUAAGAAGAUUUCGAUUUGAUGAUUACAAAAAAUGAACUUUUCAACGUCAACAACUUUCUUUCGUUUACUUUUUCAUCAAUGCAUGCAAAGUAGACUUAUUUGAAAUUUUUAUAUCCACUAGUGUGUCAAACCUCCCGAUUGAACCAGAGCACUUGAGCCCCCCACUUGAAAUCAAGAAACACCCACCAUCCUCGGUGAGCUUGAUAAUGCAAAGAAUAACGAACAAGAACUGCGUUUCAGGAAAGGCUGGCAUUCAUUGGUAAAUAU